AUGGACGCUGGCGGGCGUCCAAACGGCGCAGUGUGGCGCGGCUCGGCGCGGAGCGGGCCGCCUAAUGGAAUUCCAACAAGCGCCGUCCCGCGGCAGGUUUCAAUUACCCGCCCUUGUAAAUACUUUGAGCCGACAGAACAGCGGCAGCAGAUGUACGUGCCGCGGCUGUACCGGCUGUGUGUGGAGGCGGUGGUGCGGCUGCUGGAGCGCGCUGGAGACUCCGUGGACUGGGACUGGGACGGGCCGGCGGCGGCGGACGCGGCGGGCCACGCCCUGCGCGGCCUCAGUGAGUGGUUGCGCUGCGCCGCGCUGCUGCCUGGACUCUCGCUCGGGGCGCGGCUGUGCGAGGAGCUGCAGCUGCGCGCCCUGGGCGUGGCGAGCGGCGGGCUGCUGCCGGGCACGGGCGACGGCGCCGCCACCUGCUGGAGGGACGCCUGGCUCAUCUUCCUCACGCGGCGCUCCGAGACCGCCGUCGUCGCCUGGCAGCGCGACCUCCUCAAGAUGUCAGUGCGGCAGCUGCUGGUGAGUCAGUGGAAGCCUGGGACGGCGCUGGAGACACUGCUGCAGUGGACGCCGUCAUCGGUGAGCACGGUGGACCUGGAUGGCGAGCUGGCGAUGCGCGGCCGCCGACCUCUGCUGCUGGACCACCUGCAGGCGCAGGCGCAGGCGCAGACGGGCCUGCACGUGUGGAGACGGCGCCCGCCGCCGCGAGAGCCGCGACCGCAGGCGGGCGGCGCCACGUUGAGCGAGCUGCACCUGGGGGCGGCCAGGGCGACGCUGGAGGACUUGCAGGCGCUGCUGCAGGGCCUGCCCGCGCUGCGCCUGCUGCGCCACUACCAGCUGGUGCGCGCCCUCCACGCGCUGCACGCCGAGCAGGCGCGCCGCGGGGACCGCCUGCCGCAGUACCGCCUCACCAACCUAGACGUCGACUUCUCUCACGUGACGCGGUGCCGGUGGUCGGCGGAGGCGGUGCUGUCGCGGGACGCGCUGCCGCUGGCGGUGCGGCUGUGUCCGGAGGCGGAGAGCGUGCGCGUGCGCUGCGAUAGCGACACGCCGCACGACGCGCUGGAGUCGCUCGUGAGGCUGCGGCGCAUGCGCGAGCUCAGCGUCGCCUGCGUCACCAGCGGCGAGCGCAGCCUGCUCGACUUCCAGGACCUGCUCCCGCUGCUCGACGCGCACGGCCAGAGGCACCUCGUCUCGCUAGAGCUCAAGGUGAUGGAGAACGUAGACACGCACGAGAUCACGGCGCGCUGCCCGCGGCUGGAGCGGCUGCUCCUGAGUGGUUGCGGCACGGCCUUUCCGCACGCGUGCGCACAGCACGGCUGUUUGACGCGGCCACGGUGGAUGCUGCCGCGCCUGCGCACGCUCUUCUUCGCGGACGGCGAUGACUUCAGCUGGGACCAUGCGCUGCCGCCCUGCUUCUGGGACGCCGCCCUCGCCGCGGGCGACGGUGGUCCGCAGAGCCGCGUGGAGGGCGUGUUCCUGGAGUCGCCGCGGCUGCCCGCCGAGCGGCUGUCGCGGCUGCUGCGCCGCGCCGGCGGCUGGCCGCAGCUGCGCGUGCUGAGCGCGUGCCGCGCGCCUGAGCUGCGCCUGCAACCGCUGCAGGCCGCGUGCCGCGCCGCGCCGCGCCUCGCCUACCUGCGCGUGUCCGCGUGCGACGCGCUGCCGCCCACCCCGGACACCGCCGCGCAGCUCCGGCAGCACCUGCCGCCCGACGCCGCACUUUGUCUCGACUGA